UUCAACAGUGCUGCGACCUGAGUCUCUGGCUUUUCAGAGCUCAGAAUUCUCCGAGCUUGCUGACAUCACCCUGGGUCUUCCAUGAUUGCCUAGAACAUGCCACUCUGUCAUCCUCAAAAGCCUCGAUCCCUCCCAACGGCCGGCCAGGGUAGAGAGCCCGUGGGCACAGCCACCUGGCUCAUCUCUGCUUUAAUGAGAAAUGGGCUUGCCUGCAGCUCCAUGGCUCUGGCCCUCACAGUGACCAAUGGGUGCCCGUGAGUGUUGUGGGUGACACUCAAGAGCUUCAUCUAUGAGUGAUGGGUAGGUCCUUGCAGACCUGGUCUCGAUGGUGAAGUCAGCCACCCACCCACUAUCACUGCUAGGACUCAGUUUCCCUGUGUCCUGCAGGUUGAAUGUUGGAAUCUCAGCAGGUAUAUCCUGCCCUGGUCUGACUAGAUCUUGUGCCAUAAGGCUGUUCUGAGAAAGCAGGCCGUUCCACCCUCUGAAGCCCAGUGGUCAAGACUGAUUGUUCUUGCUCAAACGAAACAGCAAAGUAAACUAGCAAAACACCGUUCGCUUUGAAGGGGGAGGAAAAUCUUUUAAUUCUCUUACUUUGGCCUCCUGAGUGUGUGUUGCCACAGCACCACUGCACAGGCUGAUCCUGUCCAUUGUGCUCCACCAGAAAAGCAUAAAACAGACUAUUUGGUGACCAUUUUAUUGUAUUCUAGCCUCAGCCUGUGAGAGACCAAGCUUUUCUUUUUUAUAUGUAUAAGGAUGGCAUCUGGGAGUUUGUAGUGCACGCCUUUAAUCCCAGCAUUCUGCCGGCCCAGGCAGGCAGAUCUCUGAGUUUGAGACCAGCUUGAUGGACAGAAUUCCAUGACAACCAGGGCUACACAAUAAAAUCUUGUCUCCACAACAAAACGAACUGAAUGGGGAUUGGGGUUGAAGCUCCCUAGAGCUUCGUUGGGUUGAAGAGCCCCACCUAGAAUCUCCCCAGUGAGGAGCUGGGGGUGUGGUCAGGGGUGGAGCCCUGCCCAUAAUUCUCCAGUAAGGGCUGGGGGCGUGGUCAGUGGAGGCCUUUCCCUGUCAUAUGCCCACUCUUGGUUUCCAUUUUUAGUUUUACAUGGAGGAUGUGCCAUUUUUCAUAAACCUGUUAUGUUGUCUAUCCAUUUUUCUAAUUUAUUGUUGGUUUCCAGAAGCUUUUUACAUAUGGUGAAAGUUGGUCUUUUGUCUAUUUUGACUACUGGAAAUUUUCAAUGGCUUUGUUACAGUUUUCAUGUGUGAAGUGUUGGUGUGUGGGUGUUUUAUAUUUGCAUGUUGUCAGUUAUUAAUCUUUCAAUUAAAGGCUCCCUAUACAGGCACUUACUGAACUGUGUGGGUGGUGAAUGUGGGCAAAAGGGAAAAUUAAUGUCACCUUCACAGCACACUGACACAUAUGUUUUUCCUAUAUAUUCUCCUACCUGUCUUUUUUGGAGGUAAUAAGGGUCAUGAUCUCGCUUUGUAGAUAAGGUUGGCCUCGAACUCACAGGAUCUGCCUGUCUCUACCUCCAAAGUGCUUUAAGUGGAUUAAAGGUUUGUACCACCAAAAUGUCACUUGUGCUAAAUUUUUAGAAUGUUUAGUUUGUUUUCUUUGUGGAGUCAAAGUUAACACGUAGAAUGUUCUCUCAGCAUUGCUAUUCCUGGGUAAGUGUAAGUCAGGGCCCUGUGACAACAUUGUCAUUUUACAUGACCCCAAUAGACAGGCAGAGAUACUGAGGAAAGGGGAGGACAGGGUUAGAGGUCACACAGUGACCGCUGCAUUGUUGCUGGUGACACAUGCCCAGAGCUUGUGUGUCAGGGGCCAAGUGCAGAGUACAGCCUGCUCUUUCCAGUCGGGACAGCAAAAGCAGGUUUGCUUUCCUAAGUGUGCUGGAGAGGCAGCUGGCCCCGGAAAAGGGCUGUAAGGGUCGGUUGGGAGGCCGGGCCCCCUCUUCUCCUAUCAGGUACCCGCUGCACCAACCGUGUGAGUGGUGAAUGUGGGCGGAUGGGGACAUUGAGGCUCCAGUGGCCAUGUGAAUGGGGUUCUUCUAGCCCACACCCAGAAGCCUGUCUCCUCUACUUAGGCCAUGACCACAGAGGCUGGAGAUGUUCUCCCUGUUCCCAAUUUGAUGGCCAUAAAAGGCAAAGGCUCAAGAUGGAGGUUUCUUUGGAGCCCACAGACACAAAGCCAGUGCAGGUUUAGAUUAGGGAGGAAGUUCUAGAGUGUUCCCUGGAGGAAUAAAGAAAUGGGUGGGUGGGUUACACUGCCCUCCUUGCCACCCUCUCUGUUCCUCACUUCCUCCGCCCCCAGAGCAGGACCCUCGGCAACACCAGGCUCCCCAUCCUGCCACAGUGCUGCUGCUGAGUAGCUGCAUUCCUUGCCCCAGGGCUUUUGAUGUAUGUUGUGCACAGGAGAAAUGUUUACUGUGGAGGCCUAGGCUGGGCCAGCAAAUGUCCCCCUCCCCCUCCUGCCCCUCCCCUGUGGGCUGCUCCGGCAGCAGGGCGUGCCUAGGAGGGGUGGAGGCAGGCGGCUCAGCCGGUCUGGCAGGUGCUGCCCUGCGAGAAUCUCAGGCUGGCAAUGGCCGUGGAGGAGCUGCGUCGAGGGCUGUCCCGCUGGAAGCGCUACCACAUUAAGGUACACCUAGCCGACGAGGCAUUGCUGCUGCCACUGACCGUGCGGCCCCGCGACACACUGAGCGACCUGCGCGCACAGCUAGUGGGCCAGGGUGUGAGCUCUUGGCGCAGAACUUUCUACUACAACUCUAGGCCGCUGCCUGACCAUCAGACAGUUCGUGAGGCACGCCUGCAGGACGGCUCGGUAUUGCUUCUGCUCAGUGACACCAGGUGACCAGGGACCUGGGCUGGGACCUGGUAGGAUCUUGAGCUCUGGCUUAUGGUGGUUGGCCCAGGGGGAUGGUCAUGGUUCGGGGACACGGUGAGAAAGGCCCCUGUGACAUGACGGCGCCCUCUCCCUCUCAGCUCCGUUGGCUAUGUUGAUCGUGCUGCAGGCCCCAGCGCUGGCUCUGGGUGCUCCCCUCCUGCCCUCUCCCUGUACCUGGCUCUGGCUCUGCAUGUCCUGCUGUAUCUGUGUCCUAGCCUCUCUCUCUCUCUCUCUCUCUCUCCAGCUCUCUCUCAGUUUCUGCCCACUCACCUAAGCGGCCAGCAGGAUGAACAGUCCCAGGCCAAGCCUAUGACGCCCAGUGUCUACACCGGGCUCAGUGUCCCUAGUGGGGCCAAGGUGUCCUGUGCAUCCCCACCAGUGUGAAGACACUUCCGCUCAAUCCUGGACUGGCUGGAAAGGCUUUUGUCCUCACUGUGUGUCUUUCUGUUCACCCCCUCAGGUAGGAAAUGGAGGAGAUGGAGCAAUGACUUUAGGGACACAAAAUGCUGGCUGAAGGAGCAAACUGGCCCGGGCACCACACCUCUCUUUUCCUGGGAGUCCGGUCUUACUCCAGGCACCUGGACGCACCGAGCAGUUUGUCUGCAAUUCCUGUCAUGUCCACCAGGGGGAACCAAGCACUGUGGCUGCUACAGAAGAGCCUCAGGAUUGUGGGCGACCACUGCGCUCCCUUCCACGCCCAGAGCCAGGCUAUUUGGAGAAGGGAAGGCUAUUUGGCCCGGAAACUGCUGAUCCCAUCCCUGGGUCCACAUGUCCCUUCCUGAUCCAGGUGCUGGGCUCCCAGCCCUGCUGAUGCCCACUGCUUCUGGUGUUCCUGAUGGUGACUUCCGACUGUCGUACAGCCCCCCACCCCCUCACCCCCCACUCCCGGCAAGGAGCCUUCUGGUUGCUCUGUGGCCUUAGGACUCCUCCCUCAGGAGCCUCUGCUGCCUGGAUCCUCCUCUGUCCAUCCCCAGAACACAGCCUCCUCAGGGACGCUCAGCAGGCCCAGUUCCUCACAGUUGGACCCACAGGGCUCUGGCUACAAACCAGGGGGUCCUGGUGAGCUCAUUACUGUGCAAAGUGGUCUGAGUAUUUCAGCACGUGCUGUGGGCGCUCUACUCUGCAGCUCCAGUGUUGGAUGCCGUGUGACCCUGUCCCCCAUUGUCCCCGUGUCCCCCCACCCACGUGCUGGAAACUACACUGUGACCCUAGAAGGAAAUAAUGUUUUAAUUAAGAGUUGUCCAGGCUGCAGGGGGCAGAGCAGGACAGCUGGGGACUGGAUCUUGACCUUUGGAAGCAGGGUUGCUAGAUGUACUUCGUGGUCCUAGCUCCGUGCCAGGCCCUAGGGGUCUGGGUCCUCUCUGCCUCCUUAGUCUCCUUCCACACCCACCAGGCUGUUAUUCAGCUGUGGGGAAACUGCUGUCCCUCUGGGAGAGCUGCUGGGGGUGGGGGAGGGGCUGGCAUUGAGGGGCUAGAGAAAGCAUUUUGACAUUUAACAAACCCUAUGCAAAUUACAUGCAAAUUACAUGCAAAUCACCACUCAUUCCUUCAGGCGGACAGCCUUAGCGUGUUCAGAAAUAAUAAUGUAGGGCCUGUCCCUUGGUCCUGGCCCUGGCGGUCUUCCCCUCCCUGCCCUCCUUCCUCCCUUCCUCCCUCUUUCUCUUUCCCUCCUCCCCUUCCCAUCUUUGAUCCAAGGCCGCCUAGCCCUGAUGUAAACAGCCCAUUGGCUGCCUUCAUUCUGUUCUCUAGACCAGAGAACCAAGGCCUGAGGUCCCAGAGCCACACUGUGGAAGGCUUGUGCCUCUCCCCAACAGCCGCCAGAAGCCGGCUCGCACAGGCCCUCUGGCCCACAGAGAAAGGCUACAUGAGGAGGCUCCAGGCCUGCCGGAGCUUGCAACAGCGCAGGGGCGUCGUGGUGCUGAAGGUCAGACCACCCACAAGCUCACCCAGUUUCUUGCAUCCUGAGAUCUCCCUGACUUCUGGCCACAGGCCCAUCAGCCUUUUUUUUCCCAUCCCACCCUCCUUUUGUUUUUUAUAAGCUAUUUAUUCUACAGAAGCCUGCCUUCAGUGGCCGUUUAUACACAGCCAUUUCUGAUACUCCAGUAAUAGCCUUCGUCCGGGCCCCUGCUCUGCCAGCACUGCGCUCCUGUCCUGGGCCUGAGUCAUGAACCCAGGUUAGGCAGGAGGCUCAUUCCAUCUCUGUGAACUCACUUCAGGAAACCCAAGGUCAUCUAUCUACUCUGGGCUCUAGGUACAGAGGUGCCAUUUUGAAUGUGUAUCAA